AUGGACAUGCCGUCUCUGCUUCUGCUUCUCUGCCUCCACAUCUGCUUCUGCUCUGCCUACGAAGGGUCAGGACAGCACGCCUACGGAGAUGAUGAGGACUGGUAUUCUCAUGCAUUCCAAGGGUCGGCGUGGUGCGCGCCCGUCAAGGUGAAGCACGGCGACGUGAGCUGCCAGCCUCCCCGGGGCCAGCAGUCCAAGAGCGCCAUGGGCGCGCGCUGUAAAAUCCGCUGCAAGCAAGGAUACGAGUCCCAGAGCAGCGAAGUGGUCUGCAUGGCUAGCAAACACUGGUCCUCCAACUACGCCUGCCGAGAGAUCCGCUGCCCCAAGAUGAACAUGCCCGUGAACGGCGGCUACAAGUGUUCGGACGGCUCCUACUACAACUCUCGCUGUGAGUUCUUCUGCUCGCAAGGCUUCCUCCUCAAGGGCGCCAAGACGGCCACCUGCCAGUACAACAAAGCCUGGAGCGCCGCCGUCCCCGCCUGCGUGGACGAGGACCCCCCGAAGAUCAAGUGUCCUCACGUGAAGGAAAAGUGGGCCGAACCCGGCAAGCUGACGGCCAGGGUGAGCUGGGACACGCCGGAAGGCCUGGACACGGCCGACGGCGUCCUCACCGACGUCAUCCUGAAAGGGAAAGCGCCCAAAUCGGACUUCCCCGAGGGUCUUCACAAAAUGUCCUACACUGUGAUGGAUCGCGCGGGGAACAAAGGAAGCUGUCGCUUCACCGUCCGAGUCCGAGUUCGGCGCUGCAGUCCGCUGUCCCCCCCUGACAACGGCUACAUGAAAUGCGACAGCGACGGGGAUAACUACGGCGCCACUUGCCAAUUCACGUGCGCCGGCGGCGCCGAUCUGCAGGGCAGCGCCGCCAGAGUCUGCCAGUACGGACUCACCUGGUCCGGAAGCGACGCAAACUGCGCACCCAUGAACAUCAACGUGGGCGUGCGGCGGGCCUCGGCGCUACUGGACCAAUUCUACGAGAAGCGACGACUCCUCAUUAUCUCGGCUCCCACGGCGGCCAAUCAUAAUUACCGCUUCCAGAUGACCAAUCUGCAGCACGCCCAAUGCGGACUGGACCUGCGUCACGUGACCGUCAUCGAGCUGGUGGGGAAUUACCCCGCCCAAAUCGGGCGGAUCCGGCACAGGCUCCUCCCCCCCAUGCUGGCCUUGCAACUCAGGUUGUUGCUCCAGAUCCCGCAGAGGUCCUUCCAGAUGGUCCUGGUGGACAAGCAGGGGACGGACAAGCAGCGCUACCCGUUCCCCAUCACGGCGGCCGAGCUGUUCGCCACCGUGGACACCUUACCGUUGCGCAAGGACGAGAUGCUGCUGCAGCAGGCGGCCGGUCAGAGCUGUCAGUCCUAA